AUGGAUCUUUUAUUUUUUAUCUUUGAUUUAGCUUUUAAGGAGCAAUUCAAGCAUCUUACCGAUGAAGAGAUUGAGAAUUGGGCUGCAUACGAAGUCGAGGCUUCCCCCUCCAAGGUUGGUGGUAGAGGGAAAGGGAAGAAGGUGAAGGAGACAUUAUCUGCUGAGCCAGGGAUUGACAACAACGAAGGUGUGGGGGACGUUCAAGUUUCUGGUCGUUGCUCAUUCGAGCGUUUGGGGAGAAUAGUCCCACUGCUGAACGAGGCUCAAAAGGAAAUGGUGAGAAAUGCCGGUUUCUCAACAUUUUUAAGGGAGGAUGCCCCGUACAUAGACGCUAAGAUAGUUAGUUGGCUGAUCGAUCACGUGGAUCCAACCACUUCUCGGCUGGAGAUAUUUGGAAGAACAAUCCAACUAUCCGCCAAGCUGUUUGAGGAUGUCAUGGGAAUCCGGGAUGGCGGAGAACCCGUGGCAACCGAAAGUGAGCGUGACCUGGUUGAGUUUGACGUCCUCUUCAAGGCCAAGGACUAUAGGUAUUCCCUGACUUUGCUGGAGAAUGAGCUCAGGGAAACCAGCGACAGUGACUACCUGUUUCUCAUUAAGUUUCUCCUUGUCUGUAUUGGAACUGUGUUGCUGCCGAAGAAUGAAGAAUUGGGCGACUGCCGGAUAUCGAUAUCUAAUGAGCUCUCUACACCGGUACAAGACGAAGAACACCAAAAAUGUCUCCUAUUGCACGAUAUUUUUACAGGUAAGUUUUCGAAUUAUUGUGAUGGUAGUAAUUUUAUUCUCUCUUGUACUGGUGUGGUAAUAUAUGUAUGCACUUUUGUUUGGUGGCAGCUUGUAUAUUUGACGCACGUAGACUGGACUGCUACUCACGUGGACCGAACUGUGGCUCCAAUUGACUUUUGGACCACAAAACACUGCAAGUCAGUGUACAAGUGGAUUCGAGACCAGGGUGGUCACACAAGUGGAAAGGUGAAGUUGACUAACACGUAUGUGUUACUGCCAAGUUUUGAAUCCGCUGCAGUUGGGCAACCCACAAAUGACGCAAUAUACAAAGCUGUGUGUGAGUUGAAAGAUGAGGUCUUCCGGCUUGAUUUGAAGGUGAGCAGCGCAAAAGAGCUGUUACUGAAGGUACUCUCCACUUCCCUUGGGAAGGGGACUAUGAAAGAAGUGUUGGAGAUACCUGAGACGAGCAAAGUUCAGCGCUCGCUUUCGUUCAACGGGGAGACCGAGAAGAAGGAUGACGUCUGUGUCGAGGAAAAGGAUGGUGAAGGGACGAAGGAUGACGUGGUUGUCGAGGAAAAGGAUGGUGAAGGGACGAAGGAUCAAUUGGAAGAGGAUGUUGAUGAUGUAGAGAGUGUCCCUUCACUUAAUCUAUCAGAAGAGAAGGUCGUUGUUCCAACUAAGGUGGUUGUUUCUGAUGAUUCGUUUGAGGUUAUGAACUUUUGGGGAGAAGAUCUCCCCGCUAUUGUAAAAGAGGAAGUUGAGCAGACAGUGAAGGAUGAUUUUGAUGAUGCUGCGUUCGAAAGAUUCAAAGAAUCUGGAGGGAAGGUGAUUGGUCCGUUCACUGUGAAGAAGGGUUACUCAAAUCAACAGUACGAGUUGUUCCGUUACAUUUUCUCUAGCGCCAAUGAUCCGAGUGAAGUGUUAGCCCAUUUUGGGAAGGUUGAGGUCGAGCGGAUGUAUUUCAAAUGCAUGAAACCGGAGACCGAUAUAUCACACAGUCUCAUUGAUUGCUUUGCUCAAAUCAUGAAUUUUCGAGAGAAGAAGCGCAACGGCAUUGGAAGUAAGAGAACUUGGUUUAUGCCCACCAGAAUUUCGAGCAAGUUACUUGGAAGAUCGAUGACUGUGGAGAGGAUGGCGAAGCAGCAAGAGUGGUCCACUCUUUAUUACGAUGCAGAUUUGAGUUUAUGUCACACUAUGGUGGUACCCCUACUGGAUACCGAGAGUGCUCCGCACUGGUUUGCGGCGAAUGUGAGCAUGGUUAAUACAACAGUGGAAAUUAGGGACUCGUUGUCUUCUGCAAUGCAUAAGAGGUCACGUCGGAGCACCUGCGUAGAGAUGCUCCAGACUUUGGACCAAUUGUUUGCCCCUGUGAAGCCAGCAGACCUGAAUUUCAGCGAGUUUGUAAUUAUUUCUUCAAGCAAGGACUACCCACAACAACAAAAUGGCCACGAUUGUGGAAUGUUUGUAAUGAAGUACAUGGAAUCACUGUUCGAGGAAAAUGAAAUAUUGGAAGAGUUUGAUCCUAUUGAAGCGAGACUGGAUUGUGUUGGGAAAAUUGUCACCCACGAGAGUAACAAGGCUAGACAUGCUGUGAUGGAGGGAGUUAAGAAGCAAUUUGGAUUGAGCAAAACCAAAGUUCUUCCAUCAACAUCUACAACUAUAGCAUUACGUAGUCCAUCAAGGUCUCCUCGAGACCCCCGAUUCAAGACAAAUAAGGCCAGGUCCGAAAACAUGUGGACUGGCAAGAGCAAGUCCCCGAAAACACGUCAUUCUAAAAGGCUGGCCAUAAGUAACAAGUAGUAUAUUACAAUGGUUAGAAAAGUUACUUUAUUUAUAUAUUUACUAUGUUCAGUACAAUGGUUACAAAAGUUAGGUUUUAGGUCGUAAAUUAUAUUUACUCAGUCAUGUUAUAUACUUGCAUCAUACUACUGUUAGGUGAUUUGGAAUUGCACUAAUGUUGGUGAUUUUAUAAUUUACUAUAGGGUGAGACUUGUGGUAGUUUUUAGAAUUUGGUGGAACUGAUUAUUAUUAUUGUAUGGUCAUUAUUACUAUUAUUGUGAAUAUUAUUUAGGUUGUUAUACUUUGCCAUUACUAUUAGGUUUUGGAUUUUUUUUUACCAUAACAAUAUGUCAAGUACAUUAUUCUGAAAAUGAAACUAACCAAUUUUACAUUCCUUUUCGCACUAUCUGUUUUAGUCCAAUGAUGUCCAUAGCCAAAAUAAUAAUAAUACUUAUACUUAUGUACUUUCCCAUUACUAUUGUGAAUAUUAUUACUGUUGUUAUAUUUUGCCAGUACUAUUAGGUUUUGGAUAGUGAAGUACAUUAUUUUCAAAAUGAAAUUGUUUACUCCAAUUAUGUCCAAAAUAAUAAAAAUACCUACAAUCAACAACGAAGGCAUUAAUUCUGGCCUUGGACAUAAAUU